AUGCUACGCACUACUCAUCGAAAUACAAGGGUGAAAGACUUAUUGAGACAAGAUUUUGCCACCAAAAUUUAUGCGAUUUACGCAAAAGUGAUUCUCUCCUUCAUAGACAAUGACAACUGUGUACUUCUCGAGCCGGAAUCAGACAACGAACAUUCAACGUACAUCAAUGCCAGCUGGAUUGAUCAACAAUGUGAGCGCUACUGGCCUGCUUUCAGUUGUACAUUUGGGGCUAUCAAUGUGACAAGUCGGGAUGCCAUCAGUACUGCUCAAUAUACCAUCCGAGAGUUCCGCGUAUGCAAGAAUGAUGCACCAGAAGUAAAGCGGAUAAUUCGCCAAUUCCAGCUGGAUUCUUGGAACAAAAAUGGGUUCCCUCUUAUCGGUGCCGUUAUUGAAUUAACCGCGAAGUUGUAUGCAUGGCGACAGGGCAGGGAGGGACCUAUUGUAGUUCAUUGCUCUGACGGCUCCGGUCGGACAGGCACCUUCAUAUGCAUAAAUGAGUUGCUUGACGUGAUUCGUAGGGACGAGAUCGGUGCUACUGUUCCGUUGGCACAAUACGCGUUAAAAGUGGCUACAUCACGACCUCAGAUGAUUGACAGUGUAGAGCAGUACGCCUUCAUAUACACUGUUCUUUCCGAAUGGGUUCGAUCCGGUGGGGAGACCAGUAUACCCCUUGGAAGUCUCCCGAACGUUCUACAGCAGCUUCGAAAGCCACCCGAAUUCGGCUACGGCAUCGGACAUUGUGCCUCAAAAUAUGAAGCUGAAUUGAUGCUGAUAAAUCGUCUGGUUAAACCUCUGACCGUCGGUGAGUGCGCAGGAGGUCAUCGCAUAGAAAAUCGGCGAAAAAGUCGAAACGUUCUCAUUCAACCCCCUGAACGAGCCCGACCCUACCUCACCACGCAAGACAGUGGAGACGCAAAUGAUUAUAUCAAUGCCGUCUUCGUAGACGGUUAUCGAGCGAAGAAUCAAUACAUCGUUACCCAGUGGCCUCUCGUGUCAACACUCAGUGACUUUUGGUGCCUGGUGGUUGAUUUCCAGGUUUCAGCCAUUGCAUUGCUCAAUUCUUAUGCGUUUGGUGACCAGAAAUAUCCCAUUUUCUGGCCCACAAUAAAGACAGCAAACCAAUCAACUCGAUUCGGUCCCAUUGGAUUGGAGUUGCGCGAAGUUUAUGAGGAAACAGAAGUAGUGCCUAGUGCCUUCCUACUCUCCAUCAAAAAACGCGGCACGUCGGCCUUUAAUCCGUUUAUGCCAAAUCGCAACUAUAAUAUCAGCAGAGAUGUCAUUCUCCUGAAUACAAAGAAGUGGCCGAUGUCUUCAACGGACGCGACAGCCUGUGACAUCAUUGUCCAAAUGGCCUACCUUGCUAGAGAGUGGAACUCCAUUACUGAUGUCAAUAGUCCAAUUUUGGUUGUUAGCAAUGACGGCGUGUCGCGUGUAGGUGUCUUUUGUGCAGUGAGUACCUGUAUGGAGCGAAUCUUGGCUCAAUCCGAGGUGGACGUGUUUCGUGCUGUUGAAGUCGUAAAGCAAAACCGUCCCCAGCUGGUCAACGACUUGGUGGAAUACAGACAGUGCUACAACUGUGCUUUUCGGAUCUCCAUCCUCCUUUCAGGUCGAAUCAAAGAGAACGAACGGGAGAGAAGCAGAGAUCCUAUGGAAAUCUUCGACGAACUUGAUCGCAAACUUGCUGAAGGCGAAUUCCGGCGCGAGCUUAUAGAUACGGCUGACCAGAUCUCCAAGCGUGAAGGCAAACCUGCUUCUAUAGAGGCCUCAUCUCUAUCGAAGAAACCAGUAUUCCCCCCUUAUAAUCGUUUCUCGUCUCUGCCCUCCUCCAGCUCCUCUCCGACUUUGUCUCCUGACCUCCAUUCUAGUGAUUGUCCGAAGCGAAGACUCCCCACAGUCCGCGUUGAUCAUGUUUCUCGACGUCUUCCUCCCAUACGUAAGCCAAGAGAGCAUCAUAUGUUGAUUUAUGGAGGGCAGAAGGCAUCGCGUUCUCAACUUGCCAUCCCCGUUCUUCGUUCGCAUCGGAUUCUUCCCGGUGGGGGUAGUUCAGCACGACGAAAACUACCCGCCCUCGAUUCUAUCAUCGAGAAUCCCUUGGCUCGCAUCAACUGCGCUGUUCCAAUUCCAAAUCGGACCAAAAAGGUACUUCCGAUCAUUGUCAAUAGUUGUCCAAAUGAUGGACACCAUCCAAGUUCUCUUCGGGCGAUUAGGUGCAACGGUAGGAGAGAUGAUGGUGACAAUCUUAUGGCUCCACGGCAUCCUCUAAUUAGAACAGAAACUGAGACCACGUAUUUGACCUCUUCCCUAGGCGAUUCUCACCAAGCUAAUUGA